AUGGAAGAUAUCUGGGCGUUUCUUGGGGAUCUCUGUGGCUUUGGCAAUGCUACUCAGACAGAGGUCUUGGGAAAGAUAAAGGAGAAACCUGCGAAGAAACCGAAGACGAAGGAACUUCGGGGCCUGCAAGACGAACCGCUGCAGAAAGAUCCUAAGCCCAGAGUCAGUCUUCUACCAUUUAGAAAUUCUGUUAUUGACGCCCAUUUGCGGUCGAUACAAUUGUCUAUCGAUGCAUCUGCCCCGGAGUCUGUCUCCGCGGCAAGGUCAAAAAUCUUUGGGGAGCUUAGCCAUUGGCACAAUUCGCGUCGGCCAAUCGACCCCAAGGCACAUAGUACCAUGUCGGCACGACAAAAGAUGCUUGCUCAGAAGCGGCACGACUUUUUCAUGACUGAAAUGAGGGAUUACGCGGCUAGCUUGACAAAUGCGACUGGGAACAUCCUCGACCCGGAAGUGAUAUUCGUGGCUUCAGGAAAGGAGAAGAGAAACGGGAAUACCGCUCGUACUGUCACCGAUAUCGGGGAAGCCUCUUCAGGCAACUCUGGGAAAAAGAGAGUGGACAAACCACGAUCAAUGGCUGUGCGGCAAGAAGCUAUGUCUUUCACGCAAGGAAAGCGUCAAGAAGGUCACGAGAAACAAGUUGCCAAGUGGCAUCGGGAGGUAGAAGGCCUUCAGGCAGAAAGCGAUCUGGCCAAGCGCUAUUUGAGCGCAGGGCGGUUUAUAUCGAGCAUAGCAAAGGAAAGUCGUGAGUCGCUGGAAGCUGAGAUCCUGACCUUCCAGCUCGAUACGUUGGUUCAAAUAUAUGCCCUGGCAACCAAAAAAUCAAUACCCUACUCGCAAACCAGCGUGUUAGGAUUAAUAUGGUCCACCGUCUUGAAAAUAUCGAGACUGCAGCAAUCAGUCACGGCCGACAUCGCAGCUUGCGUUGUUAGCGUGACCAAUGCCCUUCGUUUGCCGCAAGUCGACCUCCAAGCGAACAGUACGAGGAGAUUGCCAUUUAGGUUUGUCCGACUGACUUCCGCAAAUCCGGGCUUUCAUGAGACCCAGUCACCUAUUGAGUUCCAGUUGGCACAUGCAGGCCCAUUCCUAGAUCGCAACAUGGACUCGGCACCGGAUAGUCGGGUCCGUGAUUUUGAGCCCGAUAAAUGGCAGCGACAGGUAUUGGACCAGAUUGACGCCAGGGAGAGCGUAUUUGUCGUGGCGCCAACGAGCGCUGGCAAAACCUUCAUCUCCUUCUAUGCUAUGAAGCAAGUCCUUGAGGAUGAUGAUGAUGGGGUGCUUGUAUAUGUAGCGCCAACAAAGGCUCUGGUGAACCAGAUCGCGGCCGAGGUCCAAGCCCGCUUCUCCAAGAAGUAUCCGAAGAAGUGCAGUGGGAAUCCCGCAUAUCUGCAAACCAUGCUGCUUGCGCCGGUAAAUGCCAGGACGUGGUCGUCCAAAGUAAGAAGGAUCAUUUUCGAUGAAGUUCACUGCAUUGGACAGGCACAGGAUGGCGUGGUGUGGGAGCAACUUCUUCUGAUGUCAUGUUGUCCCAUCGUCGCCCUGUCCGCUACCGUGGGCAACCCGCAGGAAUUCUGCGACUGGCUGAGCAUGGCACAAAGAGCAAACAGCAUUAAGUUGAGGCUGGUCGAGCAUCGACAGCGUUACUCCGAUCUCCGCAAGUACAUCUAUCACCCGCCAAAGCAAUUCACCUUCAGUGGGCUGUUUCAACCUCAUCUGAUGCCCGCUCUGGGCCUGGAAGAUACAGCUGAAAUGGAAUUCAUUCAUCCCGUCGCUAGCAUUAUCGACCGUUCGAGGGGCAUACCUGACGAUUUGAGCCUAGAGCCACGGGACUGCCUCAUGCUUUGGAAAGCUAUGAAGAAGCAUGAGACAUCGACAUUCCCCGUGGAAGAGUCUCUCGAUCCCCAUUUUUGUCUUCCUCAAAUUGUUCGGAAGAUAGACGUAGUGCGGUGGGAAGCGCGACUGAAGGCCUUGUUGAGAGAAUGGGUUAUGAACACCGCGUCCCCAUUUGACUUCGUCUUGACCGAGCUCACAAACACAAAAUGUGCUGAAAGCAAAACACAAUCCGGAACUGGCCCUUCUCCCCAGAAAUUGGAUUUGACAUACCAACCGAGAACACUAAAUCCUGAUGAUCUUCUGAACACGACUCUUCCUCUAAUUUGCUCCCUGCAUGAUCUCAAUGCACUGCCUGCUCUAUUCUUCAACUAUGAUCGGAGUAUGUGCGAAAAGUUAUGCCGCAUCCUUUGGGACAGCCUGGUGGCUGCUGAAGGAAGCUGGAAGAAGUCAAGUUCCGCUUGGAAGAAGAAGGUAGCGGAAUGGGAAGAAUGGAAACUCAAUAAAGAAAAGCUGGCCAAGAAGAAGAAGCCCUCUGCGUCGAAAAUCAGAGGAGCAGAGGAUGACGACCUAUCCCGGGCAGAGCGCAUUCGCCAGUCCGCGUCGUGCGAUACAAGUCCACAUGAGUCAUUCGAUCCCGACGCUCCUUUGGACCCUUUUACCUUCGCCAACAUCAGGAAAUUGUCGACUGGCGAUUUUGAGGAAUACGCGAAGCAACUUCGCUCGCGUGGAGUCGCCGACUGGCUCAUUUCGGCUCUGCAGCGCGGGAUCGGAGUCCACCACGCCGGUAUGAAUCGAAAGUACCGUCAGGUCUGUGAGAUGCUCUUCCGUAAGGGAUACCUCCGCGUGGUCAUUGCGACCGGGACGUUAGCUCUGGGGAUCAACAUGCCGUGUAAAACAGUGGUUUUCUCGGGGGAUUCAGUCUUCUUGACGGCGCUCAACUACCGCCAGGCGGCCGGCAGAGCAGGCCGGCGAGGGUUUGACAUGCUUGGGAACGUUGUCUUCCAAGGAAUCCCGUAUUCAAAGGUGUGCCGUCUGAUCAGUUCAAGACUGCCGCAUCUGAAUGGGCACUUUCCCAUCACCACCAGUCUCGUAUUGCGCUUGUGCAGCCUCCUGUACGGGUCCAAAUAUGCACCGUAUGCAGUCAACGCGGUCAACUCCAUCCUAUCCUGCGCGCGAAUCUACCUGGGGGGGCCCAAGAUGAAAGAUACCGUUCUCCAUCACCUACGAUUUUCAAUUGAGUAUCUUCGACGGAAUCAGCUUCUGGACCGCCAUGGAGCUCCCUUGAAUUUCGCAGGAUGUGUCAGUCACCUGUACUAUACGGAGAACUCUAGUUUUGCAUUCCACGCAUUGCUGAAUGCCGGGUACUUCCACACUCUCUGUGCAAAUGUGGUCCGACAGCCCAAGAAUACCCUUCUCACGCUCAUGCUUGUUCUAUCCCACUUGUUCGGCCGGCAGAACCUGCGCCACGCUACACUUGAGCAGAUGCAAAGCAAUGUUCGGAAGGGCACCUCCUUGGUGGUCCUUCCUCCAAUGCCAAAGAAGGCAUUGAAGGUUUUGCACCAGCAUAACAAGGAUACCCUCAACGUGUACGUUGCUUAUGUUACCACUUUCAUCGACCAGCAUAUCGUCGACCCCGACCGCACUCUUCCAUUUACAGAUACCAAUUGCGGAGGAAGCGAAUCAUGGUCCGAGCUAGGCAUUCCGAACAUCACACCCGCAAAGGACACCUAUGUCAUUUCUCCCUUUUAUGCACUUUCAGGGCAUUCCGAUAAAUGGUGUAAGAUAUCCGAUCUUUGCGAAACCAUUCGGGGUGGAGUGUGGCUCGAAGAAGCCGUUGUACCUUCCAUGAUGGGAUACCCAGACGGCGCAGCUCUGAAUGCGUAUCUGUUCGACUUUUUCAAACACGGCAAUAUCCGUGCAUUGGAGCAGGAGAACGGCAUCCGCAAGGGCGACAUCUGGUUCUUAUUGAAUGACUUCUCGCUCGUACUAGCGACGGUCGUCACAAGUUUGGAAAACUUUCUCAAAUUGACCCCUGGGACUGAAAUUGAUAUGUUGGACAUCAUGGGUGCUGGAGAAGAUCACGAAGCGGCAGUAGACAGCACCUUGGACGAAUUGGACAUGCGAAAAAUCCAAACGCCAAAGCCUGCGAUACAAACCAAACCCCAGCAAGAUCAGAAGAGCCAGAAAACUUCCAGGGCCCUAGCAACCUCGAUUAUUGCAGAGAGCUGGGAUGACAUUAGUAGUGAUGAGACUGGCCAAGGUAAUGAUGACUGUGAGGGCACUUCGAAUCGUCCGAAGCAAACCGGAACCAACGCACAAGCUAUCGAAAUGGAAAUUGGAGUGGAUCGAAGUGAACCUGAGAGACUCUCAGAAAGCUCUUGGGAAGAAACUGACGGCGGGAAUGAAGGUAUUUUAAGGGUUCUGAGAGCAUUCAAAAUGCUACAGGAUGAUUUUAACGGGAAAUUCAAGGCCAUGUGGGCAUAG